CCACAUUGCACUUUCAGUUGAAAUUUGAACGUUGACCGAAAUCGUUGGAAAUACGUUUUUAUUCCGUAAAUCCCCAAAAACACCAAAAAUUCGUAUCGGAAUCGUGUAAUCUUAUUAAUCACAAAAAUCGCAAACGCUUUUUUAAAUCAUUUUUUUUUGUUUUGCCAAGUUUUCUAACAUUAUAAAAAAAAAAAACAAAAAAAGAAACCGAGAUCGACAAGCAAGUGUGUACCGUUGAUACGCCACGCACGAUCAUUCAGAUCCAUUCCAACUUCAGAUCUCCGUGACGUCGUCGUCGUCGUAGUCGCUAGCGUCCGCCAAAAAAAAACAAAAAAAAAAACAGCUGAUAAGAUAUAUAUCGCGGUAACCCCUUUCCCCUACCACCCACUUUCCACUCCCACUGAGCGAAAGAGCUUUAUCAGCAGAAGCAGCCGCCGAAGUAGCAGCAGCAGCAGCAGCAGCAGCGACGCGGCGCAGCAUUUGUGGCCUUGUCAUCCGCGGCAGCUCGAAGAUGCCACAACCAAAGCCGAAACAGCAGCAGAAUCCGCUGCAGAAACAUUCCACAACCAACACCAGCUCCAGUCUGAGCUCUACUUCCAGUUCCACUUCCAUUCCCGCUGGUCUUAGCACUACCACGAUCAUUGCCGCUAAGCGGGAACGGGAACGUGAACGUACUCAGACUAUUGGGGAAACGGACAUGGAUCAAUCGGUGCUCAAUGGUCUGGCAGUGGGUGGAGAUGGACCAGCUGGUUACCAUGGACACAAGCGCGAACUGGGUCACAGAGUAUUUGUGAACAGAUCGUUGCAUUUGGAGAACAUUAAGUACUAUGGCUUCGACAUGGACUAUACCUUGGCUGAAUACAAGUCACCUCAAUACGAGCAACUUGGUUUCAAUUUGGUCAAGGAGCGCCUGGUCUCCAUGGGCUAUCCCAAGGAGAUCCUGCAGUUCGAGUACGAUCCCACUUUUCCAGUACGUGGCCUGUGGUUUGACACGCUCUAUGGAAAUCUACUGAAAGUGGAUGCCUAUGGCAAUAUACUGGUCUGCGUACAUGGCUUUGAGUUUAUCAAGCAUCAUCAGGUGUACGAGUUGUAUCCCAACAAGUUCUUGAAAUUGGAUGAGUCGCGUGUCUAUGUCCUGAAUACUCUGUUUAACCUUCCGGAAACCUAUCUACUAGCCUGUCUGGUCGAUUUCUUUACCAACAGCAGCGAAUUUGUGCGCGUUGAGCGCGGCAUCAAAGCUGGCGAUUUCCUUUUCACCUACAAGUCGAUUUUCCAGGAUGUCCGUCGUGCCGUCGACUGGGUGCAUUCCGAUGGCGAUCUGAAACGACGCACUACGCAGAACAUGGCUCAUUAUGUCAAGAAGGAUGAGCGUUUGCCUACUGUUCUGUCGCGUAUCCGUGAAUCGGGAGCCAAACUCUUCAUGCUGACCAACAGCGACUAUACGUACACCAAUGAGAUUAUGACCUAUCUGUUUGACUUCCCACAUGGCGCCACUCCGGAGGAACCGCAUCGCGAUUGGAAAACCUACUUCGAUGUGAUCGUUGUGGAUGCCCGUAAGCCGCUGUUCUUCGAUGAGGGAACCGUUUUGCGGCAGGUGGAUACCAAGACUGGAGGUCUAAAGAUCGGUACCCACAUUGGACCACUGCAGCCUGGUCAGGUGUAUUCCGGAGGAUCGUGUGAACUCUUCACCAAGUUCAUCAAUGCCAAGGGCAAGGAUGUACUGUAUGUGGGUGAUCACAUUUUUGGCGAUAUUCUCAAAUCGAAGAAGAUCCGUGGAUGGCGCACCUUCCUUAUUGUCCCAGAAUUGGUUAGGGAAUUGCAUGUGUGGACGGAUGAGUGUCAGCUUUUUGCGGAGCUACAGAAUUUGGACAUCAAACUGGGUGAUCUCUAUCGAGAUCUUGAUUCCAGUGCCAAGGUUAAGCCGGACAUUUCGCAGCUGCGUACCUGCAUCCGAGAUGUGACGCACAAGAUGGACAUGUCCUAUGGCAUGAUGGGCUCACUCUUCCGUUCUGGUUCGCGGCAGACCUUCUUCUCUAGCCAGGUGGUGCGAUAUGCCGACGUCUAUGCCGCCACCCUGCUCAACCUCAUCUACUAUCCCUUCUCGUAUAUGUUCCGAGCUCCGGCCAUGCUCCUGCCGCACGAGUCAACGGUGGCCCACGAUCAGGCCCAUCAGCCGCCACCACCGUUGGUUCCGGUCACAGGUUCUUCUUCGGUAGCAGCCUCACCGGAUGAGCCAGCACGCCUUGUGGGCGGCAGUGAGCAAGCUAAAGACAACAAGGAUUUGCAUCGAGCCAGCUCCAUUGUUCAUACUCGUCCAUCGACGCCCACCGUGGUGACUCACACCCAUGACGAGGACUACUCCGAGGAGGAGGAGACACCCAGCGGUGCUGAGUCAUCCACUGAGCAGCCACUGCGCGAUGCCUCUGAAGACUAGGAACCACUCAAUCACCAACAACCCAACAGGAAUGUUUGAAUCAACGAAUUUUCUUCUCAAACAUCUCCACGAUGAUGUCCCAAAAAGGAUGUCCCACAGCCCGGCUCCCAUCCCAAAAAUCCACAUCGUGGUCGAAGCAAUUGUGAAACGUACGAUUUUUCCUGGCGAUUUUACCCGAUCACAGUUAUGUGAAACUAUAUACCAUAUAUGAUAUAUAUAUAUAUAUACAUUAUACAUUAUACAUUAGCUGGUUCCAUACAUAUAAUGUGUCUUUUUUUUUUAAUUAAAAACAUAAAUUGCUGUAAUUGAAA